UUUGUUGAUUGGUUGAGAAACGUCAUCAUAAAAGUCAUGUGAUUAGAAAUAUUUCUGUAAAGAAAGCUAAACAAUUAAAUCUUGUUUACGAUAUUGAGAUGGCUUCAUCUUUGGCGAGAUUCCGGAACACAAUGAAGCCUACGCCUGAAAAGAUCACGUGCCCAUAUUACCCCAAACCGAAGGACACGAGAGAUGAAAAGUUUCCGACAUUCACCAAGGACCUUUACUUUUCUGCGUUCCCAGCGCCAAUACCAGUCCGGCAAAUCGAUGACGACAAGGAGGUUGACCACAGCCAGCUUCUGAAACAGAUGGCCAACCUGGGCUCAGGAAGGUUUGGAAAAACGUUCACGGUGAUGCCCAAAGAUUUUACCAACUACGCUUGUACCAUUGUGCCUAAGCAAAGCUCCAAGCUAAUGGUCGCACUGACCCGAGUUGAGACCAGCAAGGUGGAUUACCUGGACAUUCUAAGGGCCACAGAUCCUUUCAUACUGGACGCGAAAGAGCCUUCCCCCUUCAUUUGUAAAAUAUUGUUACGGUUUCGUAGCCUACUACCUUAUCAAGUGGAGCACUAUGUAUUUGUGAGUGAGUACUGGAUCGAUGCUCUUUCCAUGUGUAAAUAUCUUCAAGACCUCGGCUUUAUGAAGGAGGGGAAGACUAGAUUUUAUUUGAUGGAAUUAGCAGAUGCCGUCAUGUACAUACACAGUCGAGGCAUGAUCCUCAGACGUCUUUCCCUUUGUUCACUUCUGAUCGAGCCCAGCGGCCAUCUCAAGUUAACCCCUUACUCUCUGUGUGAACAAAAUCUGGACUGCGGUCAACCAUGUAACAUGUUGGUCAAGAUUUGUGGUGACCAGUUCUACGCAUCACCUGAGGUUGUAUUUGGGGUUGAUGUUCAGUAUGCGGCUGAUUGGUGGUCAUUUGGUGUAAUUGCCUUCCAGUUGUUGACCGGUAGGCUUCCAUUCACGGGGCGUACCCUUGGUGACCUCGGCAAAGCAAUCACUGAGGAAAAUGUUGAGUUCCCCAACACAAUGUCAGGAGAAGCUGUUGCUUUAAUCAAAUACUUGCUGCACAAGGACCCUAGGCGCCGUCUCGGCUUCAGCCAUGAUUUCACCACCGGAAGUGAGUCUGGCUCAAUGGCCAUAAAGAGCCAUCCGUUUUUCCAGGGUAUCGCUUGGUUGAAUGUGCGCAACACACUGAUUACACCACCCGUCCAGCCUCUGGCCAUGAAAGCUGAAAAUAAAAGAAUAAAUCUCAGGAAAUGUCCAGCAAAUGUCGUUACGAAGUAGACAUUUCUGAUAGAAUAGCGACAAAUUUGACGCAAUCACUUUUGCAUCAUUACCUUUUUUUUAAAUUAUAUUUCUGUGUUUCUAAAAUCGUUUAUAAAAAGCACACUUCGACUCUUAAUAAACUGAAUAAAAUAA